GCGCCCGACACCUCAUCUCCCGUCGCCCGACUCGCACUGUCGCACACAAACCUCCGGUUCCGUCCCCAGCCUCCGCCCCGUUUCGCCGUCGUCGUCGGUUGGUAGAGAGAAGAGAUGGCGGGCCGUGGAAAGGCGAUCGGCGCGGGCGCGGCGAAGAAGGCGACGUCGAGGAGCUCCAAGGCCGGGCUCCAGUUCCCCGUCGGCAGGAUCGCCAGGUUCCUCAAGGCCGGCAAGUACGCCGAGCGCGUCGGCGCCGGCGCCCCCGUCUACCUCGCCGCCGUCCUCGAGUACCUCGCCGCUGAGGUUCUUGAGCUGGCCGGGAACGCCGCAAGGGACAACAAGAAGACCCGUAUCGUGCCGCGCCACAUCCAGCUUGCCGUCCGCAACGACGAGGAGCUCUCGCGCCUGCUGGGCACGGUGACCAUCGCUAGCGGUGGUGUCAUGCCCAACAUCCACAACCUGCUGCUCCCCAAGAAGGCCGGAGGCGGCAGCGCCAAGGCUGCUGCCGGCGAUGAGGACUAGAUCCCUGACGGCACCGUCCUUGCGGUGGUGGUGCUUCUUGUGGAUGCUGCUGUUAUCACUUGUGCUUGUGUAGUAGUGCGUUCUAGACUCGCCUAGGUGUUGCCUUCUUGUAGGGAGGUUGUAUGUGUGUGCCUGUACCGAUGCUAAAACUAGUUUACUCUUGUGUUCACUAAGGAUUAGGUACUUCUGUAUUUGUUGCAAUGUCUCUAUAAAAGGUGCUUCAUUCCGAUGACAGGUUAAUCAAA